CUUCUGUCUGAUCGAUGUUUCCUCCACUCCACUGCUCCGGUCUGUCACAUCCAACAUGGCGGCCUCCGCGGCUUCACGUGAGAUCUUCACGGAGGGAGUCCGAGCGGUUCUGCACUCCUGGCCCGUUCUCCAGAUCGCUGUGGAUAAUGGGUUUGGAGGCGUGUAUGGGCAGCAGAAAGCUGAUUGGAUGGUCGACGUUGUCCAGCAGUAUUUUCAUGAUAACGCUGACCUGGAGCAGUUUGAGGUGGAGGAUUUCAUCGCUCAGCUGAUGGAUCAGGAGUUUGACACAGUGGUGGAUGAUGGGAGUUUACCAGAGGUGUCUCUCAGUCUGCAGCAGAUGUUCAACCAGUGGCAGCAGGGGGCGAUACAGCAUCUUCAACACACGAUCAACACACUAUCCUCAAAGAAGAGCCCGAGGGCAAAGGUCACAGCUCCGCCCACAGAGUCUGACAACGACAGUGAAGAUGAAACACAGGUAAUGGAGUGUGAGUCAUCCUGUCCGUCAAGCAGCAAAAAAGAAGCUCCACCUCCUCAGGAGGAUGAGGAUGGAUGGACAGUUGUACGAAAAAGGAAGUGAGCUGAAGGAGCUGACCUCUGACCUUCAGGAUUGGACUCUGUGUGUGUGUGUGUGUCUGUUGAUUUUUUUUAAUAAACUGAUGAAAAAAUCUGCUGUUAGAACUU